CAUCAAAUGGAUAUGAAGAGUGCACCUGAGAAGUAACCAGUGUUACCCCUUUUGGAGCACAGUGGUAGGAUCAUGGAAGGAAAACUGCACUGCUUUAUUCCUGUGUGACCCUUGGAUCAAACAGAGAAUUUUAACCUCUGAGUUUUUGACGGCUUAAGGUGAGGGUGGAAGAAAUGAACUGGAGAACUGCAGAGCAGGCGAGUCUGAAGCGCGGGAGACCAGGACAAAAUGGCCAAAAUGGAGGUCAAGACAUCGCUUUUAGACGACAUGAUAGGGGUGGGAGAUAUGGUUCUCCUAGAGCCACUUAAUGAAGAUUCCUUCAUCAAUAACCUGAAGAAGCGCUUUGAUCACAAUGAGGUUUAUACAUACAUUGGCAGCGUGGUGAUAUCAAUAAACCCCUACAGAUCUCUACCCAUUUAUAAUCCAGAGAAAGUGGAAGAAUACAGAAACCGAAACUUUUAUGAACUCAGUCCUCACAUCUUUGCUCUGGCUGAUGAAGCUUACAGGUCUUUAAGGGACCAAGACAAAGACCAAUGCAUCCUUAUCACAGGAGAGAGUGGAGCUGGGAAAACAGAGGCAAGCAAACUUGUCAUGUCAUAUGUAGCUGCUGUGUGUGGAAAAGGGGCAGAGGUUAAUCAAGUAAAAGAACAACUUUUGCAGUCUAAUCCAGUCCUUGAAGCUUUUGGAAAUGCCAAAACUGUGCGGAAUGACAACUCCUCUAGAUUUGGAAAAUACAUGGAUAUUGAAUUUGAUUUCAAGGGUGACCCACUUGGGGGAGUUAUAAGCAACUAUCUACUAGAGAAGUCUCGUGUUGUGAAGCAGCCAAGGGGUGAAAGAAACUUCCACAUUUUCUAUCAGAUCCUGUCUGGUGCAUCAGAAGAGUUUCUCUGCAAACUCAAGCUGGAGAGGGACUUCAGCAGAUACAACUACCUGGGCCUUGAUUCUGCCAGAGUGAAUGGAGUGGAUGAUGCUUCAAACUUCAGAACAGUCAGGAAUGCAAUGCAGAUUGUUGGGUUUAUGGAUCAUGAAACACAGUCGGUUUUUGAAGUAGUGGCAGCCGUUCUGAAAUUGGGAAAUAUCGAAUUUAAGCCUGAAUCUCGUGCAAAUGGCCUAGAUGAAAGUAAAAUCAAAGAUAAAAAUGAACUCAAGGAAAUCUGUGAGUUGACAGGUAUAGACCAAUCUGUACUGGAGAGAGCUUUCAGCUUCCGAACAGUUGAGGCCAAACAAGAGAAAGUUUCAACAACACUAAAUGUGGCUCAGGCUUAUUAUGCCCGUGAUGCUCUGGCUAAGAAUUUAUACAGUCGGCUGUUCUCUUGGCUUGUUACCAGGAUUAAUGAGAGCAUUAAGGCACAAACAAAAGUGAGAAAGAAGGUAAUGGGGGUGUUGGACAUCUAUGGCUUUGAAAUUUUUGAGAAUGCAGACAACAGCUUUGAGCAAUUCAUUAUCAACUACUGUAAUGAGAAGUUGCAGCAGAUCUUCAUUGAACUUACCCUCAAAGAAGAGCAGGAGGAAUACAUCCGAGAGGGGAUUGAAUGGACUCAUAUUGAAUAUUUCAACAAUGCUAUCAUUUGUGACCUAAUAGAAAACAACCAAACUGGAAUCCUGGCCAUGCUGGAUGAAGAAUGCCUGAGACCGGGAACUGUUACCGAUGACACCUUUUUAGAAAAACUGAACCAGGUCUGUGCCACUCACCAGCAUUUUGAGAGCAGGAUGAGCAAGUGCUCCCGGUUCCUCAAUGACACCUCCCUGCCUCACAGCUGCUUCAGGAUUCAGCAUUACGCUGGCAAGGUUAUGUACCAGGUGGAAGGAUUUGUUGACAAAAAUAAUGAUCUUCUGUACCGUGACCUCUCCCAGGCCAUGUGGAAGGCCAACCACUCCCUUAUCAAAGCACUGUUUCCAGAAGGAAACCCUGCUAAGAUCAAUCUGAAGAGACCACCAACGGCAGGUUCACAGUUCAAGGCUUCAGUUGCUACCCUGAUGAAAAAUCUCCAGACAAAAAAUCCAAACUACAUCAGGUGUAUCAAGCCCAAUGACAAAAAGGCUGCACACAUUUUCAACGAAGCCCUGGUGUGCCACCAGAUCCGGUACCUCGGGCUCCUGGAGAACGUGCGGGUCAGGAGAGCGGGCUACGCCUUCCGGCAGCCCUACGAGCCCUGCCUGGAGAGGUACAAAAUGCUCUGCAAGCAGACCUGGCCCCACUGGAGAGGGCCAGCCAGGGCUGGAGUAGAGGUGCUGUUUAAUGAAUUGGGAAUCCCUGAAGAUGAAUUUUCAUUCGGUAGAUCAAAGAUAUUCAUCCGCAACCCAAGAACACUCUUCAAACUAGAAGACCUGAGAAAGCAGCGUUUGGAGGACUUGGCUACUCUAAUUGAAAAGAUUUACAGAGGCUGGAAGUGCCGUACUCGCUUCUUGUUGAUGAAAAAAUGCCAGAUUGUGAUCGCUUCCUGGUACAGGAGAUAUGCACAACAAAAAAAAUACCAGAAGAUAAAGAGUUCGGCUAUUACAGUACAGUCGUACAUCAGGGGGUGGAAGGCUCGGAAAGUUCUUCGGGAACUCAAGCAUCUGAAGCGUUGUAAUGAGGCUGCCACAGUAAUUGCUGCUUAUUGGCAUGGUACCCAGGCACGAAGGGAACUGAGACGACUGAAAGACGAGGCUAGAAAUAAACAUGCUAUUGCUGUUAUUUGGGCUUUCUGGCUUGGAUAUAAGGCUCGGAGGGAGUUGAAACGCUUGAAGGAGGAGGCUAGGCGUAAGCAUGCUGUGGCAGUCAUUUGGGCUUACUGGCUUGGACUGAAGGUCCGUAGAGAAUACAGGAAAUUCUUCAGAGCCAAUGCUGGAAGGAAAAUUUAUGAAUUUACCCUUCAGAGACUCAUGCAAAAAUACUUCUUGGAAAUGAAGAAUAAGAUGCCUUCUUUAUCACCAAUAGAUAAAAACUGGCCAGCGAGGCCUUACCUUUUCUUGGAUUCAACUCACAAGGAACUAAAGAGGAUUUUCCAUUUGUGGAGGUGUAAAAAGUACAGAGAUCAGUUCACAGAUCAGCAGAAGCUUAUAUAUGAAGAGAAACUGGAAGCAAGUGAACUUUUCAAGGACAAGAAGGCUUUAUAUCCAGCCAGUGUUGGGCAGCCAUUCCAAGGGGCUUACUUGGAGAUCAGCGAGAACCCCAAGUACAAAAAACUCAAAGAUGCCGUGGAUGAAAAGAUCAUCAUUGCAGAAGUUGUGAAUAAGAUCAAUAGAGCCAAUGGGAAGGCUGCAUCCAGGAUUUUCUUAUUAACCAAAAAUAAUGUUCUUCUUGCGGAUCAAAAGUCUGGGACUAUCAAGUCAGAGGUUCCACUGGGAGAUGUUACCAAAGUGUCCAUGAGCUCCCAGAAUGAUGGAUUCUUUGCAGUGCACCUCAAGGAGGGUUCAGAAGCCGCCAGUAAAGGAGAUUUCCUGCUCAGCAGUGAUCACCUUAUUGAAAUGGCCACUAAACUUUACCGCACUACUCUCAGCCAGACCAAACAGAAGCUCAACAUUGAGAUAUCUGAUGAGUUCCUGGUCCAGUUCAAACAAGACAAAGUGUGUGUGAAGUUCAUACAAGGCAGCCAGAAAAACGGCAACAUCCCAACUUGCAAGCGAAAAAACAAUCGGCUUCUCGAAGUGGCCGUCCCUUAACUGCAGCUGGUGACUCUCCCUUUCAUGGACUUGUUUCUUUGUAAUUGUGCAAUUUUAGUGGUUUGGUUUUGCUAUUUUUAUCCCUUUCUGGAGCUGUUGAUGGCUAAUAGCUUUAGAAACCCUUGGCAAAACAUUUGAUCGAUCGACUUUGACAUCUUUUCGUUCAUGCCAGAGUUUUAACCUUCAAAACUUCAGAUUUUUAUCCAGUGAGGCAUUUUUACCAGCUGGCACAUAUCUGUCAUACAACCAAUCAUCCUCUUUGUUUAGCAGCCAUAUUUUAGUGCAGCAUAUCAUAAACCCACAUAUUAAUGAUAACUUACUCGUAUUCCUUAGUCUAGAGAUCUGCUUAACAGGAAUUAUACACGGCCUUGAUGCUGGGUGGCCAUUUGUGCCCGGUGUCCUUUUAUCCCAAGCUGUCCAAGGUGUCUGACAGGCUCCUCCUGUCCUGCCCCUGUGCAGAGCAGAGCCUGAUAAAACAACUCCUGCAGCUCACACUAGGACCUAUGUAACUCAACCUUCCCAUCAGUACAGCACAGAGACAUCUAAUUCUGCAAAAUAGAAGGAAUAGAUGAUUGCACAAGCAGCUACAUGCAUAAUUUUAUAGUAAAACAUGCAGAAAUUUCGAAACAGCGUUGUUAAUUAGGUCAUAUGUUGUUAAUGACUUUAUAAAGUAGAGAUCAGAGGAAUUAAAGAAGCUUUUUCUUUUUUUCAUGGAAGCUAUAAAGUUCAAGUCAUAUUUUCUGUUCUGCUUUUAAAUUAUGAGUUAAGAUUAGAACCUGAAAAAUGCAAUAAUAUUCAUAACACAAGUAAAUGCUAGUUAUUUAAACAGGUAGUUAUCAAGUGAAAGGUUUGAGCCUUUCUUUUAAAUAUUGGCAUGUACAAUGUGCAAUAAAACAUACGUGACAUUUUGUGAGAUUAUUUAUAAUACACUUUUGUGUGGAAGAGAGAGGAUUGGUGCAGACUGCAUAGACAAUGUAGGGGUUAAAAUAGAUCUGUGUUGUUAAUUUGCAAUUUUUAGAGUGUACACUACAGUUGUCAAUUUGGGAAGAAUACUUAGAAUUAAAAAAAUAAAAAAAAAAUCCUUAAUUUGGGGUCUGUAUAUAAAUUGGUAUCACAGUAAUAAAACUGUUCUAAUUCUGUGCUGUUUGGUACUCCUAUGUUAUAACCAUAUUUUUGUACUCCAAACUAUUUUAUAUAACUCGUGUGCCUGAUGUAAAUGCGUGCACAGAAAACACAAUCAAGGGCCGCAUUAUAAACCUUCAGUGUAACUGAUUGCACUUAAUCUUUUAUAAGCCAGAAGCAUUAGCUGAAAUCCUUGAGAGGAGAGAUGCUUUUCCAGAGGGAAGGAACUGCUCACGUGAAGGGUUUGUGGGAUGUGACUGUGAUUUGUCGAUGCGAGGACAGCGGAGAAAGCGCGUUGUAUUUUUACCGUCUGAUAUAGGACAGAUUAAGACCCUGGCUAUCUGAUGUGCAGUGCUGGAAGUCCAAGCAUAAAUAAAA